AUGAACUCUCACGACUACAACGAAGAUGAGCGGCGUCAGAUCGAAGCCGAGCUCCAUGUCGAAAUCGUUCCUGGAACGGAAGUCAUGACCGAUGUUGGCUCGCACCACUUUGUCAAGGGCUCCCACCGCGAAGUGCUCGUCCCUCAGCCCAGCGACGAUCCAGACGAUCCGCUCAACUGGAGCAUCGGCUGGAAGUUGUCGUGCAUUACCGCAUCCAGUGUCGUAGCUUUCAGCCAGGGAUUCGGUCCAUUGGCUCUUUCGCCCAUGUUCCCAGCGCUCAUUAAAGAAUUCCACACCGACUUGGCUGGUGUUGUUCAGUUUACCGGUGUAUGCAUUCUGGUGCUUGGCUUUAGCAACUUUAUUUGGGUGCCCAUCAGUUCCUCCUUUGGCCGUCGCCCUGUCCUUUUGGCCUCCCAGCUCAUCAACUUUGCCACGUCGAUAUGGCGCGCCAGAGCAAACUCUUACCGCUCCUUCAUGGGCGCAUGCAUCGUCAACGGCAUCGGUGCAGGCCCUGGAGAAACCAUUAUGCCCGAGGUCAUUGCUGAUAUCUUCUUCCUCCAUGAUCGUGGCAAAUGGAACACGCUGUACUGGGUCGCCUACAUGGGCUCGCUCAUGGCCGGUCCUAUCGUGUCCGGUUCCAUGACUGAGACUGUCGGGUGGCGCAACUUCUGGUGGCUGAACACUGGCCUGCUUGGCCUCUCAUUCCUCAUGGUCGUCUUCAUGUUUCCGGAAACGAGGUUCAAGCGCAUCAUACACGACCAGCAUGUGCAAGGGAAACCAGCCCCACAGGACGAGAAGCCACAGGCGCCCGCUACUCAAGAAAAAGAGAAAGACAACAGUUCUGACGGUGAGCGUAGAAACAGCGAUAUCCAGCAAACGGCCACUGCGAACACCGCCGCUGCAGAUGACAAGGAGCUUCAGCACACUGAAACUGCAGAGCGCGAUCCCUAUCUUGGCCGUGGUAAGCCUGCCAAGUGGCAAUGGAAAGUAUUCCAACCCAACGCACAUCCUUUCCGCACCAUCUUGCUCGACCUGUGGAUCCCAUGGAAGCUGUUUACUUUUCCCAUUGUCGAGUUCGCGGCGUUUGUGGUCAGCUGGUCGUGUUCAAGUUUUCUCACCAUCAAUCUUACGCAGAGCCAAGUGUUUGCCGCUCCCCCGUACCAUAUGAAACCCAUGGUGGUAGGCUUUACCAACUUUGCCGUCAUGGUCGGUGCUUUCAUCGGCCUUGCCACUGCUGGGCCGCUUAGCGAUUGGAUUUCGGCGCGAAGCACACGGAGAAACAAUGGCAUUCGUGAGCCCGAGAUGCGAUUGCCAGCCAUGAUACCUUACGUCAUUAUCAUGUUUAUCGGUAACAUUGUCGUCUCGAUCGGCUACGAACGCAAGUGGGCGUGGGAGGUCAUUGUCAUAAUCGGAUACACGUGCGCUGGCAUCCAGGUCGCGGCACUCCCGGGUAUCGUCAGCACUUACGCGGUCGACUCGUACAAGCCCGUUGCAGGACCGCUGUUUGUUGCCAUUACAGUCAACAAGAAUGUCUGGGGUUACGGGUUCAGUAAAUUCAUCACGCCUUGGACGGAACAGGUCGGUUUCAUCCCACCCAUCAUGACUAACGCAGCCCUGGUAACGCUCUGGUGUCUCUUUGGAAUCCUCUUUUGGUGGAAGGGUAAGACGUUCCGUCGCUGGAGCAAGAACAGCAGCGUCCACCGUCACCAAGCCUUGUAA